AAGUUUCCUCCCUAAGCCACCUAGCCAGCUAGAGCCUAUAGCCAGCAGCAGCACCAUCCACUGGGUCUGGGGCGCCUGCGGUUGUGGACACAUUGGUCUCCACCCAUCUCUCUCACACACCAUCCGGCAUCCGCUCCAAAGACAGUGCUGAUUCAGCUUGUUAGCCGGUCGAUUUAUAGCCACACCAUGGCCAGGAAGUGCUCUCACUGUGGCAACUACGGCCACAACUCAAGAACUUGCACCAGCAGCGCAGGAGGACAGAGAGAAAUUAUGCUCUGCGAAGGAGGAGGCGGCGGCAGUGGGCUGAGGCUCUUUGGCGUGCAGGUCCAUGUCGCUGCCGGCGCCGGUGCCGGCGCGUCCAUGAGGAAGAGCUACAGCAUGGACUGCCUGCAGCUCGCGGCAGCUCCUAGCUCCCUCGUCUCGCCUUCGUCCUCGUCUUCCUCGUCGGUGCUCCUGUCCAUCGACGAGGGCCUGGAGAGGGCUUCCAAUGGGUACCUUUCUGAUGGCCCUCAUGGCAGAUUGGUCCAGGAAAGGAAGAAAGGAGUUCCAUGGAGUGAGGAGGAGCACCGGCUAUUCCUGGUCGGCCUGGAGAAGCUCGGCAAGGGCGACUGGCGAGGCAUCUCCCGGAGCUACGUGACAAGCCGAACCCCGACGCAGGUCGCCAGCCACGCGCAGAAGUUCUUCCUGAGGCAGAGCAGCAUGGGGAAGAAGAAGCGCCGCUCCAGCCUCUUUGACAUGGUGCCGAUUUGCGAGAACGGCAUGCGCGCUUCUGAGCAGCCAUCCGUGCGGAUCAACAACAGCGACGGCGCCUCGACUUCUCUGCCGCGGUACAGGCCGUCUUCCGACAUGGCGGCCAUUGAUCUGAACUCCACUGAGGAAGAUGACGACAUGGCGGAUGUUUCGCUCUCAUCGGCGUCAGGCGCAUCCCCUCGGGCGCCAUUAAUCCCGGCGGCGGCUCUGACGAUGGAGCAUGGCCAUGGGGGUCACCAGUACUGCUCCCGGCUGGACCUGGACCUGGGGAUGUCCCUCUCCACGCCGUCCAUCGGAACGUGACGUGCCAGCGCCCUAUCCUAGCCGUACGCGCGCCAUCGUGUUAUGUAACAACGUACGUACGUGCUGUCUGAUCUGUCCAACCAAGCGGAGAUAAGGCUAAUACGAUGGAUGGACAACGCUUGUAAUUGUAAAGCCGUGCAGCUAGCUAGUGCUAAUUGUGGAUACAGUAAUGCGUGUACUACUCUUGGCUUCAUGUAAAAAAAAAAGUCAGAAUUUUCAGAACCAAAACA